UCAGUAUGCAUGUAACAUAGUACACGUAGAUGUAAGUUAGUGCACAUAGAUGUAACAGUGCACAUAUGUAAUGUAGUGCAAAUGUGUAGAACUGCAGGCUCUGAACAUGGCAAAUGGGUGUACUCCAGGGGCGGACUGACCAUUUGGAAACUCGGGAACUGCCCGAGAGCCCGGGAUGCCCCUGGUACCUUUUUCAUAGGCUUUUUUGAGUUUGGGCAAGGACACAGGGGCCCCAUGAUCCCAUAUUGCCCGGGG